AUGGCAGUCUCCGAUAACGCCGCAGCGGUGCCGACCAGCAGUGUAUCACCAGAUCCGGAGCCUUUGGACCCCGCGGGACCCGCGGACUCAACGGAUGCGCCUCCGACUCCAGGUGCUUGGGCACGCUUUGAAUUCGAGACAGGAUGUGGAAACGAAGGUACGAAAGUACUUAUGGUUGAGUGGAAUGCAGUGUCACAAGAUGGCAGCAGCAAGCCUAAGCAGGGGACGCCUAAUAAGCAGGACCAGUGGGAAAUCUCAUGGCAAGGGAAGACGAGCAAAUUCGCAAUAAGCGAGCAGGUCGGCGUUGCAACACAUCGUGUGUUCUUCCUUAUACCGGGAGAAGACCAUGUGCCUCCAGUUGUGACUAUAUCACUACCGGCCACGGGUCAGAAGCUGAGCACGAAACCGAUGCCUGCAAUCUACAUGCCUGCUUUGGGAGCCGAUGCGUCUCGAGAUGCCGGCACGAGGGGCGUUCUGCACACUAUGUGGGCAAAGAGGAGGCUCUCGCAGCUUCAAGGGGAGAUUGAGCAGGAGAUGAAGGCCAAUAGCGAAGGCGUGGCUCUACAGAUGGCACUCGCCGAUAGAGACUAUAUAGUUGAGCACUUCGGGUUGGAGCACCCGGACUCCGCGAACAGAGACACGCAAUCCUCACCCAGAGCGAUUCCGCCCACUCCGCAAAGCCCUCGGUCUCCGAUAGGAGGUCGUCUCGGUGAGAAGCUCAGAGGGUUGAAGCUGGCCACUAGCCCCUCUGAUUUGGCCAAUCCUGGAGGCCGCAAGCAUCACCUGUACACCCUUUCACCGGACGUAUCAGAUAUUGCGGUACCAGCCCAUGCAGGCGCUUACAGGAAGCAUGCCCAACAACAGACCGUUGGGUCUGGCGAGUUGGCGUCCCUGAACGCCCUUGUCGGAGGCAGCGGGCAGGCCGCUUAUGGGGGCCGACCUCCGUUGGAAAGUCAUGGGACAGAGGAUGAGUUAUUUGCUCUGCCCAUGAGCCCCAGGAGUCCGGAGAUGAAAAAGAGCCCGUUCAGCUCCUUAAAGUAG